AACACAAAUUUUUACAUUUGUGGGCAAUAAACAACCAACAAAGUUAUCUUCUAUCCCACGUUUCUUUCUCUCCCAAAAACAUCAAUAUUUUCUGUCUUUUUUUUCUGUCUUUCACUUUUUAGAUUCUUCUCAAUUCAGUUACUGAAAAUGGAAAAUGUUUCAGUUAUGUAUAAGGAAGAAGAUCAAAUGAAUUUGCCACCUGGGUUUAGGUUUCAUCCAACUGAUGAAGAGCUUAUAAGUCAUUAUCUUUAUAGAAAGGUAACUGACUUUAAUUUUUCUUCUAGUGCUAUUGGAGAGGUUGAUUUGAACAAAUUUGAGCCUUGGGAUUUGCCAUGGAAAGCAAAAAUGGGUGAAAAGGAGUGGUAUUUUUUCUGUGUGAGAGAUAGAAAGUAUCCAACAGGUUUGAGGACUAAUAGAGCGACUGGAGGUGGAUAUUGGAAGGCAACUGGAAAAGAUAAGGAGAUUGACAGAGGAAAAUCUCUUGUUGGAAUGAAGAAAACUCUUGUUUUCUACAAAGGAAGAGCACCUAAAGGGGAAAAGACGAAUUGGGUCAUGCAUGAAUAUAGACUUGAGGGUAAAUUAUCUGUUAUCAACCUCCCUAAAACUGCAAAGAAUGAAUGGGUGAUUUGCAGAAUAUUUCAGAAGAGUCUAUCUGACAAAAAGACAUGUGAUCUUUCUUCUGGGAUAAUGAGGUUAGAAUCUUUUCGAAAUGAAAUGAAUUCUUCUAUUCUUCCACCUUAUUCCAAUAACAAAAUCGGUUCGCCUUACGUGUCCUGCUUCUCCAAUCCAAUUGAAAGAAACCAAGUUACAACCUUUGAUUCCUUUACCAACAACCCUUUUGAGGUUCCAAAAAACACACUUUCCAUUGGUUCAUUUUACUCUACUCAAGAACUUCAAACUACAUCAAAUUUUCCAUUACAUGGUUCUGUUUCAACUGCACCAAUUGAUCUAUCUACCUUGUGGAACUAUUAAACUCAAGAUAAAAGAGUUACAUCAGAGAUUUUGAACAAUAGUGAAGCAUAUAUUUUGUACUAUGUGAAUUAUUAUUAUGGUGAUGUAUUGGUUGCUAUGGUUUACAUGAGAAUUAUUAUUUUGUGUGAGUUUGGAUUUAUUAGAAAGUGACAUGAUUGGAUUUUUUGUGUGGAUUCUAUGACAACUAUAUAGAGAGUGACAUUUAUAUAUUCUGAAUUGUAAAUUAUUGAUUGUGGGGGCUGAAUCAUGUACGGUAAGCAUUGAAAAUGUCUCAAAUUUUCUAUGGAUUUUUCUAAGUCUCUCUCA